ACUCUAAAUGGACCCUCGCCCUGGGGUUUCAGGCUCGUGGGUGGAAAGGAUUUUAGCACACCUUUAACAAUUUCAAGGAUCACCCCUGGAAGUAAAGCUGCUCAGGCUGACCUAUGCCCAGGAGAUAUCAUCCUCUCUAUAAAUGGAGACCAUACUGAAAGCAUGACACAUAUGGAGGCUCAGAACAGGAUCAAGGCGUGUGCUGACCAGCUCAUUCUAUCAAUCAACAGGUCCGAAACAAAGAUUUGGUCUCCAACUGUUACAGAAGACAGCAGAGCAAAUCCUUUUAAAUUCAGCUUGGAGUCAGAACCUCAGGAUUUUGGGCCUUUCAGAAGUGGACACAACAGAAGACCAGCCCCCUUUGUGCAUGAUGGGCCUAUGAAUAAUGGCAGUUCAAAACCAAAUGCACAGUACAAUAAUCCCAUGGGACUUUAUGCAAACAACAACAACAACAACAACGAAACCUCUUUGCCCAAGCAAAUAGGCAGACUCAGUAUCAGUUCUCCACAGAGUCCAGAACCACGGAUACAUUCCCCAAACCCCAGAAAUGGUGUUGACACAGAGUCUGACGUCUACAAGAUGCUUCAGCAUAGUGAUUAUGAGUCAUCAUCAGAACCAAAGCAGUCUGGGUCCUUCAGAUAUUUACAGGGAAUACUUGAUGCUGAGGAUACUGGCGAAAAACCAGAAAGACCAGCCGUCACCAAAAGUGUGAAAUCCCCAGUACAUAAAGUGGGUAGCAGCGUGCCUGGACUGCAGAAGCUCCCUGAGUGUACCAGAUGUGGGAAUGGCAUUGUUGGUACAAUAGUGAAAGCACGGGACAAGCUUUACCACCCCGAGUGCUUUAUGUGUGACGACUGUGGCUUGAACCUGAAACAGCGCGGGUAUUUCUUCAUUGAAGAGCGGCUCUACUGUGAGAACCAUGCAAUGGCUAGAGUCCAGCCUCCAGAGGGUUAUGAUGUCAUAGCUGUUUACCCCAACUCUAAAGUCGAACUGGUCUAAGUUUGCGCAUUAACAUUGAAAUUUUACUAUUAUUAUUUUUUGUUUGUUUGCGUAAAUUAACUAUUAAUGUUCUGUCCUCUUGAAUUAGGAUAUCCAGUUACUCAUAAAUAAUAAUUUGGUUAUCCAUGGAGUAUCUUCAUUCCUAUUUAGUAGAGUAGUGCAUUUCUUAUAUUUUGUAUUAUUCAGAAUUAAAUAUCUCAUCCUUUUUUUUUAAACGCACGUUUAGUACUAAAAUCAUAGUGUCAUAAAUUCUUUGUUAAAGGAGGCAACAGGCUUUAAAAAAUAAUGGCACUUUAUCCUGCAUUUGAUAAAGUGUGUUUUGAUCAAUAUAUCUGAAUAAUAAAUAGUUAAUUAAACAGUAAAAUGCACAUUCUAUUCCAGUGGGCAAGCUUUUUUUGUCUUAUCACAGGCUGUAAGACUGGUUGUGUAGAUAUGAAUUCCUGCAUCGCUCCAUGUGCUAAUGAUUAAAAUAGACGUCCUAACAAUCCUGCUAAAGCUUUGUCAACCUAAUUGUUUGUUUGAGCAACACAGCUUUCAGUAUUGGAUACAUUGGAUUUUGAAACUCAGUUGAUGCCAAACCAAAAUCUGUCAAAUUUCCUUACAUGUUGAAAUUGUAUAACAGACUUCUGGCGAAGUGCACAGCCUUCUAGUUAAAUGUGCACGCUUUUAACUCUGCUUCUUCAACUGACAGAGACAGAGACAGUGCCAUCAUUAUAAUUGAUCGUUACAUUUUAAUUCAGUAAUCAAAGUAGUUCAUUGUAUUUUUUAAAGAUGUUACAAGAUGACAAGUUUGGAUGGUUCUUAUUAAAUAACCCCAAUCAGUCUAAAUUGUGCUGCUAUGUGUUUUCGUAACUAUAGUCCUGAUUGAUUUUGUGAUCAAAAGGGUAUAAAUAUUACUAUGUUUUGAUUGGUUAUGUAACUGAUAUGACCGGCUUUGAAUGAUUUCAAAGGUUAAACUUUGAAGAGCAUUUGUACAACACAUAAAAAAAAAAUAGAAAGAGGUUUGGCUUAAUUAAAAUCUGAAAUAAGUGAUUCUCACAAAACCCAGCAGGCUAUAGGAAUUUCUGACCAUUAGCAGUGAAGUGUAACCAAUUCAGUGUGUUUUAAAAGUGUUUUAAAUGCACAAAAUACAAACCUUUUCCAACUGAAACAAUGAAAUUGGUAGUUUUGUUUUCACCCCUCUAAUAAUGUUAUUUUACAUACUUUUUUGAAGUUCUGCUUGUAUGUUGUACUGAGUGUUUGCAAAUAAAAAUAACUGUUGAAA